CUUUAAAAUAAAAAUAAUUUUCCAUUGACGUUGAAAAAUAUAAAAUUUAUUAAUGUGCCAUGGGACAGCACGUAUCAAGAACCGACUUCGAAUGGGUUUACACGGAGGAGCCACAUGCCAGUCGACGAAAAGUCAUUUUGGAGAAAUAUCCAGAAAUUAAACAGCUUUUUGGUUAUGAUCCCAAUUUCAAGUGGGUGGUGACGACAAUGGUGCUUGUCCAGCUAGUCUCGAUGUUUAUUGUUAAAGAUUUAAGCUACCCAAUGCUGUUUAUCGCGGCUUAUUGCUUUGGAGGCGUUGUUAACCAUUCACUCAUGCUGGCCAUUCACGAAAUAGCUCACAAUCUUGCCUUCGGUCAUGCGAGACCGAUGGCCAAUCGGCUGUUUGGAUUUUUUGCUAAUCUACCUAUUGGCCUGCCAGUAUCAGUGAGCUUCAAGAAGUACCACUUGGAGCACCAUCGUUAUCAAGGCGACGAGUACCUUGACACUGACCUGCCAACACUCCUGGAGGCUAAAUUAUUCUGCACGACAUUUGGAAAGUUCUGUUGGGUCAUUCUGCAGCCGUUUUUCUACUCCUUCAGACCUCUCAUUACGUAUCCAAAGCCUCCGCUUGUUUUAGAAUAUGUUAAUUUGGCAAUUCAACUCACGUUUGACGCUAUCGUGUGGUACUUUCUUGGAGGUAAAGUGCUGCUCUAUUUUAUACUCGGGGGAGUCAUGGCCAUGGGACUCCAUCCGGUCGCUGGGCACUUCAUCUCCGAACAUUAUAUGUACAAAAAAGGGUAUGAAACGUACAGUUAUUAUGGACCGUUGAAUUAUAUAACAUUCAACGUUGGCUAUCACAAUGAACAUCAUGACUUCCCAGCGGUGCCAGGGUCUAGGCUACCCGAGGUACGUCGUAUCGCUUCGGAGUACUACGAUAACUUGCCCCAUCACAACUCCUGGACAGCAGUGAUUUACGACUUCAUUAUGGAUCCGGCAAUAGGACCGUAUGCUCGCAUGAAACGCAAGCACAGGGGUCUGACAUCGUAAGCUCAUCAGAAUCAAUUUUAUACGGAAUAAUAUAUGUUUUGGAAGGUAACUGCGCAAAGUUUUGAUAAUACGAAAGUUUUUCCUCGAUUGAAUAAUACGUCAAGCGCACCCACUUGCCCGUUAAUAAGUAUUCUGUGCCCAAGGUGAAUCAAUAUCACUGAUUGUAAGUAUUACUCCAAGUUGAACUUGUCUUCUAAUUGAUCACUCAUAUGCUGAUGUGUCAAUUGUAAUCAUUUUUGCCAAUUUUAUCGCAUGCACUUGUCUGUUUACUCUGCUAAUUGUGAGUGAUAAGAACACUUCUCAGGAAUACUCGUAACGCAAGCGAAAUAUUGUGACAAAAUCGCAUUUUUUUGUGAUAGCGAAAGUGAAAUACUUGCACUGUUAAUCUAGGUAAUUCGUUGGUGGAGUUAUUUUUAUAAAUAUUCGAGGAUGAGUAUUAACGAGAGGUCGAUGAAAUAAUCAAAAUAUGUGAAUUAUUAUUUAAGAUGUAAUAAAAGAUCUGCGACUGUAAAA